AUGCAAACUUCAUCGUUGGUGGGACCCUUUUCCUCAGGGACCAUGCGAAAUAGACCAACCUCAUCUUUUCAUCACUCCCAACAAGAUGAAAAUCCCAUUCAACAAAAUAUUUAUUCCACGACAAGCAAUACUACUACUUCCUCAAAAUAUCGAUCGCAACAUCAAACGAAACCAAAUCGAUGGAUUUUGGCCAUCAUUAUCGGAAUACCCAUCCUUUUACUCGUGUUGUUUUAUUGGGAAUUUAGUAAAACUGAAAAUGUCGAAUGGGAUGAUGUAAAAGAAGAUAUGCAUGUUCCACAACAAGCCGUACUAUCGGAAUUGAGCCAAGAGGAUUCUAUUCGUAAUCGAAAACGAAGUAAAUUAGCGAUUAUUACGUAUGCACAGAGUGACGCUCAUAUGGAUUGGCUGAAGAAAGAAUAUUUUGCUCAUUUAGAAGAGAUGAGACAGUCUCGAACGAUUGUUUACAUUUCUGUUUGUGAAAAUAUUAGAAACAAUUUGGAUUUGUCAGAUUUUACAAACAAUGAAAAUAGAGAUGUUAUCAAGAUUUCAUUUUCAAAAUCAUGUCACAUACCGUCUCUCAUUAGCAAUGGAAUGAAAUUCUCCAAAAAACUCUCUGAAUUUAUGAUGGUGCUUGAUCCUGGAUUCUCUAUUUAUGUGAAUGAUGAACUAAAUGCUCCUCAUUCUCAAACAAUAGUGAAAAAAAGAAUUGAUGAUUUAUUGGGAGAAAGUGAUGAGAGUAAGCAAUUAUUUAGAGAACAUGUAGAUUAUGGACUACUUGUAGUCAAUGUGAUUGACUCGUCUGAAACACCUUCUACUACUUUCAAUCUUCACAUUCCAAAAGAGAGAGCGAAAAACAGACUUUGGGUCUCCAAGUUAUUACCUCUCUAUUCUCAAGAGCAACGAAAAUCAAUUUCCCAAUUUUAUGAACAGUGGGACCAGUCCAAUGCAUUAUAUGUUCCAUUUUCUGAAAACUAUGAUAGAGAUACAAUUUUGAACACACCAGCUUCUCAUUUCUUUAUUUUUGCAACCACAAGCCCAGAAGACAAUAAUUACAAUUUGAAAAAUGAUGAAAUUAUUGAUCAUGUUGUUGAAGGUCUUGAACGGCAUGUCUCAGAAAAUAGUUAUCAAAAUUCUUUCAAUAUGAUUGAGAGUAGACAAGUCUUGUCCAAUUUGAUACUUUCACAGAUAUUUGAUCGAUAUGAACAUUUGAAGGAAAAGCUAAAUCCUCCUCCCAUCUACUUUUUGCCAAAACCUUUUGUGAUUGAGUGGAAACCAUCUCACAAUGUUCUACAUGAAUCUACAGAAUUACUUCAUAAUGGACUUUCAUUUGCAACCUAUUGUCGCAUUGAUGAAAUUGAAAGUUUGAAUGGAUUAAUUAAGAGAUUAUCUGAUGGAGAUCACUUGAUUGUUAUUUUUACAGCAAACUCACCCAAACAAUGCAUGUCCACUGAAUUACAACAAUUUAUUAACUCUCCUAAAAAAGCAAGACUCGAUUACAAGUGUAUUGUCGUGAAAAAGAAAGAUUCUAUUCCAAUCAAUCAUUUCAAAAAUCAAGCAUUGCUUUUAGCAAAAACUAAAUGGAUCUUCAUGCUGGAUGUUCAAUCAAGAGUUUCAAAGAAUUUGAAUCGAGAUUUCACAAAAGUAUUUAUUGCAGACUCUUCGUCGAGACCUCGUGAAAAAUUAGAACCAUUGUCUCAACACUCUGAAUCUCUUUAUUGGAAAUCUCCUAUUGAACACAUGAAGAAAUAUUCAAAUCUUGCUCAAUUUUUGGAAUUGGAGAAGAUUGUGUUUAUUCCUCCUUCCUUUGAACAAAUCGAGAUGGAAGAGGAAUUACCAACUGAUUUCACAAGUUUGAAAAAGGUUUAUCAAAAGAGAAUGCUUUCGGUAGUGGAUGCUCAACAAGUGGAUUUUUCAAAUUAUUUUGCAGUUUCUUCUCAAGGUCAAAAGGCCUAUCAAGUGAAACCAUAUUAUCCAUUCAAUUCAUUAUUUAUUGCAGCGGUGACUCAUUUACCAUUGUAUGACGAAUAUAGUUAUCAAUCGCUUGCUGUCCAUCAUGUGCAUUUGACGAUGAGGUAUUUCCAAUAUUUUGUUUUACCAAGACAUUUUGUCAUUGGUUAUGUCUCAGAGUCACCACGAAAACGAACCAAGCCAAAACAACCUCAAUUCGAGUUGGUCCUCAAAAAGAUGAGUGGUUUUUAUUCGAACGAAAGAAUCAACAUGGUGAAGAAAGAUCAGCAUUAA